UGACAGAGCAAACCACAGCAGCGAAUUACGCUACUACGAUAUCGCGACGUAGAAUAGUGAGAUAUCGAUGCAAUCUAGGUGAAUUAUUACUGGUACUGGCUACGAACGCCAUCGCGAUUACUGCUGUUACGUAGUGCAUUUAAUUAUUGACCGAUUAUGUGAGUCAGGUCUAAUGGUGAGUUAAUCACUUGUCUUUUUGCUUUCCCAUGGUGCAAGUUUGCGUCUUUUUGGGUUUUGGGACUAGGGUUUUUGUGUUUCUUGCUUAGGAGUGGAGAAUUAUGGAGGUGUCGGUGGGCGGUGGUGGUGAUGAGGGGUUGAAGUGUGUGAAAGUUAGUGCGGGAGGUAUGUGGAGGUGUAAUCUGUUGGCUAUGCGAGGGGAGGUUUUGUGUGAGAAGCACUGUGUUUCUGCUCAUAGGAGAUUGAGGGGUGGUGAAGAGGGUGGAGGGGAUUCUGGUGGUGGGAAUUCUAAUGUUGAUUUUGGUGCUCAGAAGCGGAAUUCUGAUGUUUUGCCUGUUGAUGGAAGUGAGAUUUUGGUGAUUUUUGGAGAAAGUGGUGUGAGGAAGAGAGGGAGACCGAAAAGCUUGGAGAAUGAGGAGGUCAAGGAGGUUGUAGAAGGCAAUGGUAAGGGUUCGAAGAAUAGGAAGAAAGUUGGUGUACAGAGUGAAGAUCAGGCAAUGCGGGAGGAUCUGCGAAGUGGUGGUGAGGUUCUUGGUAUGAAUAGUGGGGAUGAUGAGGAAAUAGGUGUUUUGGCCGAUAAUGAAAGUGGUAUCAAGAUGGAUUUUGGAGAAGAUGGAGUAAGUGGUGGGAGGAAGAAAGGGAGAGCAAAAUGCUUGAAGAAAGAGGGGGUAACGAAGGUCGUGGAAGGCAGUGGUGGUAGAUUUAGGAGUGGGAAGAUGGGAAGGCCGAAGGGUUCAAAGAAUAGGAAGAAAAUUAGUGUGGAGAAUGAAGCUGAGGCAAUGCAGGGGGACCCACAAGGAGGUGGGGAGAGUCCUAGUAUGAAUAAUGGGGAUGUAUUUUCGAGCAAGGGAAUCAAGAUGGUUUCUGGAGAAAAUGGAGUAAGUGGUGCGAAGAAGAAAAUGGGAAGGCCGAAGGGCUCGAAGAACAGGAAAAAAAUUGGUGUAAAGAAUGAAGCUGAAGCUGGUGGGGAGAUUCUUAGUAUCGAUAAUGGGGAUGGUGCUGUUAGUGGAGCAGGAAAAGUGGUUGAUGUAUUUUCGAGCAAGGGAAUCAAGAUUGGUUUUGGAGAAAAUGGAGUAAGUGGUGCGAAGAAGAAAAUGGGAAGGCCGAAGGGCUCGAAGAACAAGAAAAAAAAUGGUGUAAAGAAUGAAGCUGAGGCAUUGCGGGUGGAUCCGUUAGGUGGUGGGGAGAUUCUUAGUAUCGAGAAUGGGGAUGGUGCUGUUAGUGGAGCAGGAAAAGUGGUUGAUGUAUUUUCGAGCAAGGAAAUCAAGAUGGUUUUUGGAGAAAAUGGAGUAAGUGGUGUGAAGAAGAAAAUGGGAAGGCCGAAGGGUUCAAAAAAUAAGAAGAAAAUUGGUGUGAAGAAUGAAGCUGAGGCAAUGCGGGUGGAUCCUCGAGGUGGUGGGGAGGAUCUUAGUAUGAAUAAUGGGGAUGGCGCUGUUAGUGGAGCAAGCCAAGUGGUUUCUACUGCUGAUGUGUUUUCGAGCAAGGAAAUCAAGAUGGUUUUUGGAGAAAUUGGAGUAAGUGGCGUGAGGAAGAGAGGGAGAUCAAAAAGCUUGAAGAAUGAGGAGGUAGAGAAGGUCGUAGAAGGCAAUGGUGGAUUUGGGAGUGAGAAGAGGGGAAGGCCAAAGAGUUCAAAGAAUGGGAAGAAAAUUUGCGUGAAGAAUAAUGCUGAGGAUGGUGAUGUUGAUGGAACAGGACAAGUAGAUUUGAAUGAAAAUCUAACUAUGAACAUGUAUGAGGAAAUGUGUCAGAAGUUUAUUGGUUUGAGAAUUGGAGGGUGUAUAUCUGGAAAGGACAACGAAGAGAGGCAGCUAGAGGUCCUGAAGAACACAAAUGAAGUUGCUAUGGUUAAUGAUAAUCACGAGACAUUGGUACACUUCAGUGAAGGUGAUAAUGCAUCUCAUGGCAACACUGGCACGGAUGAUGCCCCUGUGCUAAAGGUUCGACGAAUGGGAAGGCCAAAAGGGUCUAAGAAUAAGAAGAAAGCAGUCAACCAGACUAAAAAGAUUGUUCAUAUCAGAGGUCAUGUUUCUCGUCGCAAUCCUUCCAUUAGUGCUGCUCUGAUGCAGAAAGUUCACAGGAAAGGAAGGCCAAAGGGUUUGAAGAAUAAAAAAAAAUCAAUCUUGAUUGAAAAGAGUGAUGACAUUGGCGAGGAUGUUUCUUGUGUUAAGUCGGGGCUUAUUCCUGCUCCCUCACCGAUACAACGUCAUAUGGAAAAACCAAAGUGUUCAAAGAAUAAAAAGAAAAAAACAUUAGCAAGACCACAGAACAAGGAACCAUGCAAUCUUGCAAGCAUGGGAAAGAAAAAACCUGAUCAUAUUGCAAGAAGGAGCAAGUCAUCAGCUUUGGGGAUGCCGGAUGACCCUGAAAGAAGGGAACAACUUAGGUUUAUGUGCCACCAGUGCUUGGAGAGUAGCAGAGUUGGGCUCAUCAUCUGCUCAAAGUGCACUAAGAAGAGCUACUGCUACAAGUGCAUUGCAAAGUGGUAUCCUGAAAGAACAAAAAAAGAAGUUGAGAAAUUAUGCCCUUAUUGCUGUGGGAACUGUAAUUGCAAAGCUUGCCUUCAAGAAAAUGUUCUUAUCAAGUGCUCCCCAAAAGAAGCUGAUAAGAAUAUUAGAUUACAAAGAUCUAUGUACCUGCUACUCAACAUUCUGCCCCUACUUAGGAGUAUACAACUGGAGCAGAAGGAAGAGCUCAUUGUUGAAACCAGCACACGUGGUGUGCCGGUGAAUGAAGAAGAUGUGCCAAUAGCAGUUUUUGAAGAAGAUGACCGGGUAUACUGUGACAAUUGCAAGUUAUCCAUCGUCAAUUUUCACAGAAGCUGCCCUAAUCUGGCUUGUUCCUAUGAUAUCUGUCUUGAUUGCUGCUCUGAACUCAGAAGAGGUCUUCAACCAGGGGAAGAUGCUGCGAAAUCUACUGGCAGUUCCAAAACAAGUUUAGAUAGGAGAAUUUUUGUGGAUGAUAAAAACGUGGAGGCUGCUUCAGCAAAUGGUCCUGACUUGCACUCUGGUUUCCCUAAAUGGGAAUCUAAGAAUGGCAGGAGCAUACCAUGUCCUCCGAAAGAGCUUGGUGGUUGUGGAACUGAGGAUUUAGUACUGAAACGCAUUUUUGAUGCUGAUUGGGUGGAGAAAUUAAUUGCUAGUGCUGAGAAAUUUUCUUCUAGUUACCAAUUACCAAGUAUAGAGUUUUCCCAGAAAUGUUCGUUGUGCUUUUCACAAGAUGUUAAUGACUUUCCUGAAGUAAGACAGGCAUCAUUGAGGGAGAAUAGUCAAGAUAACUUUCUAUACUGCCCUAGUGCUAUCAAUCUCCAUUGUGAUUUCGAACAUUUUCAAAUGCACUGGAGGAAAGGCGAACCUGUCAUUGUUAGAAACACGCUCUCAAGAGCUUCUGGUCUUAGUUGGGAGCCUAAGGUUAUGCUGCGGGCUUUCAGAAGUGCAAGCAAAAAAUUGAAUCAAGACACCUCUGUGAAGGCUAUUGAUUGCUUGGAUUGGUGUGAGGUUGAAAUCAAAAUUCGCCAGUUUUUCAAAGGUUACUUAGAAGGGCGUCGACAUCAAAAUGGGUGGCCUGAGAUGUUGAAAUUAAAGGAUUGGCCACCUUCAAAUACUUUUGAAGAAUGUUUACCUAGACAUGGCUCUGAGUUUAUGGCCAUGCUUCCCUUCAGUGAUUACGCCCAUCCUAGAUCAGGUCUAUUAAAUCUUGCAACAAAACUUCCUGAUGGUGCCUUAAAGCCAGACUUGGGACCAAAAAGCUAUAUUGCCUAUGGAUAUCCGGAAGAACUCGGAAAAGGCGAUUCGGUUGCCAAACUGCACUGUGAUGUUUCUGAUGCGGUGAAUAUAUUGACUCACGCAACUGAGGUGAGGCACACCUCAUGGGAAAGAAGAAAGAUUGAUGAAAUAAGGAGGGGAUCUAAAUUCGAAGAUUUAGACAAGUUUAGUGAACAGGCCUGCACAGAAAGAACUGGAACUAUAUUACCUGAAUCGCUUCAGAAUGGCAGAAAUCCGGAGGAUCAUACAUGCAAUGGGAACUCUUUGCCGCUGGAAAAUCAAAUUGAUAAAAAAGCAACAGUUCAGAUUAGUGACCUUCAUGAGGACACAUCGAUAGAAUUCAGUUUUGAGCCCUUUCCUUCAUAUGAUCAUCUGGAUACUGGAAACAGAAGUACCAACCAUGACAUAGACAGAACCUCCAAAGUGGCGGCAGAAAGUUUUGACAGUACUUUUGACCGUAUUGCAGAUAGUUGCAAUGAUCUGGAUCUGUCCAAUUGCUCGGAGAUCACAGUCGGUGGGUGUAAUGAGGCUACUAAUACAGAUAUUGUAGCUGAUAAUUUAACCCUGGAUAAUGAUACCUCAGUUCAAACGAGAAUAGAACCUGACACUCGCGACAGUCAUCUUAAAAGUGGCAAAGCCUCCACAGAUGUUGCACACGGUGCUGCAGUUUGGGACAUCUUUCGUCGGCAGGAUGUGCCCAUGUUAACUGAAUACUUGCUGAAGCAUCAAAAAGAAUUUUUCCAUAACGACAAUUCUGUUAAUUUUGUUGUGCAUCCAAUCCAUGACCAGAUCUUUUAUUUGGAUGAGAAGCAUAAAAGACAACUGAAGGAGGAGUUCAGUAUUGAACCAUGGACAUUUGAGCAACAUCUCGGUGAGGCCGUGUUCAUUCCUGCGGGAUGCCCCCAUCAAGUGAGAAACAGACAGUCCUGCACGAAACUUGCUCUAGACUUCGUAUCUCCAGAGAAUGUUCAUGAAUGCAUCCGACUGACACAGGAAUUCCGGUUGCUUCCUCAGCGUCAUAAAUAUAAGCAAGAUAUAUUAGAGGCUAAGAAGCUGGCUGUAUAUGCUGCAGAUGCUGCCAUUAAAGACGUUGCAAAUUUAAUGUCAAAGCAGACCAGAAAAAAAUCGAAGCUAGCUGAUGUAGAGAACUCCAGCUGAAUGGUUGAACUCUUCGACAUUGUAGCAGCACAGAUCGUAUUCAGCUAUUGAUGCAAUCAACUGACCCUUUGAGGCGAGUUACCGUCUGUUCUAUGCCAGAAGCUACCAUAUCUUAAUGUAAAGUGGGGAGGAGUUACUAACUAAUGUAGUGUGACCAUUAUCGUCACAUUUAUUUUCUUUUCGUUAGUUAGUCGUUUGAGAGUCCUAUAUAUAAUUCCCUCGAGGAUCGAGAGAGUGAUAUAUAAGGAAUGUAAUGUACCGUAGUAGCCACAAAAAACCUUGUUUGUUUUAGUAGGGGCUUAGAUUUAGCUCCAAUGUAACCAUGAAUGGCAAGAAAAGGACUAAUGUUGGUUGUUGAAUCAAAUAAAUGCCAAUUUAUUGUUGAAA